AUGGACCCCAACGCAUUAUCACCAGAGCUCCGAGAGAAAAUCCAAUGGGCCGGGAACGGUGUGUUGACGUAUCGUGAUGCGUACAACAAAAUGGAAAACCCACCACAACCGCAGCACGGGUACGGAGCACCUCCGGUGGAUUACAAUCCAUACGGGAAUGGCGCCUGGGCCGCUGGUCCUAGUAACGCGUAUGAGCAGUCUCAAUACGCCCCCAGCACUGCGUACUAUCCCCAGUCAUCAGCCUACCAAGAGACUGUGUAUGAAGCCGAGUCCGAAGUCGGGUCCGAGCAGGACACGGUCCGGGGUACCAAUACUAAUGGAUCUCGGACACUCGUUGGGGGCAGCCAGAGCCGAGCCGGAAGUCGACAGUCAAGCCGAGCGCCUUCAUCUUCACGGCCAAGGGGACCGCCCAGCCAAUCAUCAUGGAGGCCGCCCUUCGCCUCCCAGUUUGGGAGUGAUCAGGGCUCCGUCGCCUCCCCGAGCCGAACAGAGACGAUUACUCUGCCACUAACAAGGGCCAACCUAAGUGCCUUGUCAAAUGCGUCCCAGCGCAUGUACCCGACACCGUCGCAGCUGUACAAUAUGUCGCCAGCACAUUCGCCGAGCCCAGUCCCGCGCGGCGAUACGCGUCAAUACCGCGACCAAGCGAGCUCCCUGGGCCCUAGGAGGCAGAGUCGUCGACAAAGUACCACGGACAGUGAAUCCGGCGGGGCCCCCCUCUGGCCUUCGGGGUCGAGGAGACGUGGUGCUUAG